CAUCUUCGCUUCCGCCACGCCUCACCGACCAAGAUGUUAUCGGGCUGGAGAAAGGUUUAAAUGUGGGUGUUUGCUGCUCUUUUCUCAUGGACACUGUGCUGAUUUCUCGAGAACUGCAAGUCAUGAAGACGUCCCUCUUUCUCUUUGCCGUCUUCUUCUUUCUGGCCCCAGCCAGGAGUGGAUUUCUCGAGGAGAAAUGCUACAAGCUUAAAGGGAGAUGCGUGGAGUCCUGUCAGAUAAAUGAAGAACUUGUGGGUCUCUGCCGGAAGUCUCUGAAAUGCUGUGUGACACUCCAGGCAUGUUGGAAAAGUUGGUCCCCUGUGAGGAGGCAGCCCCCUGAGGAGGGCACUGUCUUCCAGGGCUGCUUCCAGUCAGAGAAUAAGCACAGGGCGGACCCAAAGCUGGGCCGUGUCUGCUGA